AUGUCCUCCCCGUCCGAGAGCGCGUCGACACCGCGUGUGUCGACAAGUGACAAGCCUCAACAGGGUCCGAUUGCGAUCUUCGAACACCAUCUCAGAUAUCUGCAAGACUCGUACCUUAGUUUCUUUCAGGAGAGAGCGAAGAUCGAGGAAUCCUAUGUCGACUCGCUGUUGCGCUUACACAAGAAGACAAAAACUAUAGACAUUUACCUCGAUCAUGCUACAGAACCGAGUACAGUCCGUCAAGUCUGGUCGGAAAUUCGAGACGGUUUGGAAAGGGAGGCGCAAUGCAGGAUGGCGUUCAUCUCAGCCUUGACCGUAGACGUCAUCAAUCCCAUCUCGGCUCUCAAGGAAACACAAGAUCGAACCCGAAAGCGUAUUAAGGAUGAUCUCAAGGAGUCUGCCGCAGCUCAUCAGGAUUACGCCGAGAAUGUCCUUCCACGACUCAAGCGUACCUACUUCAAGAAAUGCCAGGAGGUCGAGGAUAACAAAUUGAAUGCACUGUCUCCAACAAAUACCGGAACCACGGAGGCAUCGGUAGCCCUAAGCCCCACUAGGUCAAAUCCCAACACGAGUCCGGUGGUCACCAAUCCUCAGCCACUUCGGCCACUUUCACGCCGUGCAUCCGGUCAUCAGCCCCGGAACCGCUCGCCUUCGGCAUCAAAUCCAUUGCAUGACCUUGCUAAUCAAGGCAAGAGGCAGUUGAAUCAACUGAUGACGUUCCUUGAUAAUAAAGGAGGAUCUCUCAAAGAAGGGGUUUCGGGUAGUAAGGGCGACAUGGCUGUGCGAUCAGUGCGGGCGAAACGUGAAGCAGACGAAGCGGACAAGGAAUACAGGAAGGGCGUUCAUUGGCUUGAAACUCUCCGACUUCGUCGUUCCAAGAUUCUGGAAGGAGCCUUUCAGAGCUUGGAGCUAUUCAUUGAUGAGGCUGCUACUCAGUUGAAGACUGUCCUAGAGAAAUACACAGCUAAUGCACUCGCGACGAGCACCACUGUCUCCCACCUCGCCUCCCAUGCACAGGGUUACGUAUCGCAUAUCUCACCGCAGAAAGAGGUUUCGUCCUUGGCGACAAUAAAAUCGCGGUAUAUCAAGCAAACGAUGCCGAGGCGAACAUUAUACACGAAUUAUUACGUUGGGGACUGCAAUGACCUCAUCUUCGGCGUCAGCUUGGUGGAUUAUGCCACAUCUCGCGGCCUUCAGGAAGGUGAAGUCCCGAAACUAGUGCAUCUAUGUAUCGCAGAGGUCGACAAACGGGGUCUAAAUGCCGAAGGGAUCUAUCGGGUAUCGGGCCGACAUGCUGUUGUCCAAGAGAUGAUACACAAACUGGAGAGAGAUGAAAAAAAUUUCCAAUUCUACCCCUCCGAUGAUAUAUUUGUAGUAGCGGCUCUUUUGAAGCAAUACCUGCGUGAACUCCCGGAACCGCUCUUCAAAUUCGCCUUGGAGGAUAGGAUCAAACAUACAGAAGGUCUAGAGGAGCAUGUGCAAAAUAAUUUCCUCUUCCUUCGUGGGAAGUUGCGCAGACUCCCGGCUGUUCACCAAGCGACAUUCAAGGCACUCAUAGAACAUCUUGCCCGUGUGGCUGCUAAUAGCGAACGGAAUAAGAUGGAUCCAAAGAAUUUGGCUAUCAUUUUCGGCGGUGUAGUCUUUGGUGAAGACGAGAUCUCGAAAAGUACUGAUCUCUUGUCGAUGCAAAGCUGGAAGGACUCGUUAAUGGAGGAUAUGAUUGUCCAUGCGAACCUCCUAUUCGACGACAAAGGUAUAAGUGCUUCGCCAUCGAAACCUCCACGAGCACCUCCGUCACAAUCUCCCUCACCACCUCCAAACAUGCCAGGUCCCCUUCCGCCUGCUCGUAGCGAAACGUCUACGGCAGAUAGUGACUACGGGGCUUCUUACACUCAGAUAUCACAUGCCUUGUUGGAGCCACAGAGGCCGGAAACAGAGUCUCCGUCAGCAUCAACGCAGGACUUCACACCGACCUUGCCUGCUCGUCCAGGCAACAGUAUCCACCCUUCACAUCGCUCUGCCAAUCAAUCGCGAAGUACCGAGUCGGAAACAGAUGACGAGGUUGCACCACCACUUCCUCCACGCCCGCCAAAGUUGGAGGCACGAGCAAUGCACGCGUCGGAGAGCUCAGUUUCCGGCUCACAGGCCUCCCCUCUAUCUGAACGGCCGGACGAAUCAGUCGCAGGGACUACGUUAACUUCGCCUGACGUGGCUCCCAGCUCGCCGUCACCAGUCCGCUCUCCGCUUGUUCUGCAUAGCGACAGCAACGAGGAAAGCCUACCUGAGCAUCAAUCACAGCCUCCACGAGGCUCUCAUGAAUCGGCGCGGCGCUCUCAUGAACGUACUUCAAGCUCGCAAUGAAAUCACAGACAUCACAUGAACGAACUAAUGACUUUCUGUUUCUACUGCUUGUACUUCUUUUCACAAUUCCUCUAUGUUUCCAUUUCUUUAUACUUUAGGCGGUGACUUAGUUAUGGAUUUUUGUUGUUAUAAUGCAGAUUCGAGUAACGCGAACAAGCUGGAGCCGUACACUACCUAUGACACCUUCUUUCGUCUGUUUCUGUAUUAAGAGGAUACCUGUGUUUGUGGCGCCCUAUUACCCAGUUGAUUGAUUAGUUGUAGCAGAAUAAGUUUUUCGAACAAUAGUAGCCUCUUACACCAA